GACAGUGUACAAGGAAAUGUCAAUUCAGGUUGCAGAAGAACAGGGAAGACCACUUCUCGGCCAUGAUUUUGAUUCCUCAAUCCCCAUCGCUCAUCAAAACGAUGACACCAUCUUUCCUUUACCAUCUAAUCAUACAGAUAAAUCCUUACCCUCUCCUUCUGUUCCUAAUCAACGCCUUGCUUCUCUCGAUGUCUUCCGCGGUCUAACUGUUGCGUUGAUGAUAUUUGUUGAUAAUGUUGGAAGAGCUUUCCCAUCCUUGAAUCAUUCUCCAUGGUUUGGGGUGACACUUGCCGAUUUUGUAAUGCCGUUUUUUCUCUUUGUGGUUGGCGUUUCAAUCGGUCUCGUAUUCAAGAAAGUCUCUAGCAAACCAAAUGCAACCAAAAAAGUCAUAAUGAGGACAAUCAAGCUUUUCCUUCUGGGGCUGUUACUACAAGGUGGAUAUUUCCAUGGGCGCGGAAAUUUAACAUAUGGAGUUGAUUUGAGCAAGAUACGCUGGCUUGGUGUGCUCCAGAGGAUAUCUAUUGGAUAUUUCUUGGCCUCAAUAUCAGAGAUUUGGCUUGUGAACAAUAAUAUUUUGGUUGACUCACCAGCAGCUUUUGUGAGGAAAUACUCCAUUCAAUGGAUGUUUUCUAUCUUGCUUUGCUCAGUAUACCUUUGCUUGCUUUAUGGUCUCUAUGUUCCAGAUUGGAAGUUCAAACAUCCUAACUUGCUUUGGACCAGUCAUCCAUCAAUUAUUCAAAAUGUUCAUUGUGAAGUGAGAGGCAGUCUUGAGCCUCCUUGCAAUGCUGUGGGAUUUAUGGAUAGAUUAAUUCUUGGUGAAGAUCAUAUGUACCAGCGUCCUGUGUACAGAAGAACAAAGGAGUGUAGUGUGAAUUCUCCUGAUUAUGGGCCGCUGCCUCUAGAUUCACCUGGAUGGUGCCUAGCACCAUUUGACCCAGAGGGUAUUUUGAGUUCACUGAUGGCAGCUAUUACUUGUUUCUUGGGCUUGCAAUAUGGGCACAUAAUUGUACUUUUGCAGGGCCACAAGCAGAGAGUACUUCUUUGGUCUGUGUUUUCCUUCUCUCUAUUGCUAAUAGGAUACAUUCUAGAGAUUUUAGGAAUUCCUUUAUCGAAGGCACUGUACACAUUAAGCUACACGUGCAUUACUGCAGGGGCAUCAGGCUUGGCAUUGAUUGCUAUCUAUUACAUUGUUGACAUAGAACAUCUCAGAAAGCCUACAGUCUUACUACAAUGGAUGGGAAUGAAUGCUCUUGUUGUAUAUGCCUUGGCUGCUUGCGACAUUUUUCCAGCAGUUAUCCAGGGUUUCUAUUGGCAUUCUCCUGAAAAUAACUUGGUUGACGCCAGUGAAGCUUUCAUACAGACCAUGUUUCAGUCCGAGAAGUGGGGUACAAUGGCCUUUGUAAUAAUUGAGAUUUUAUUCUGGGGUCUUUUUGCUGGUUUCCUUCACAAGAAAGGGAUAUAUAUAAAAUUGUAAUGGAUGAUGCAAGCAUGUAAAAGACAAUGACAUGUACAUAUGUAAAACAUUCCUUGUAGAUAUCUUCCAUUAGAAUCCAGCAAUGCUUUUUC